CACCUAUCGACGAACACUUAUAGUGAUACUCACAUAAAAAUCUAUAUUUUUAUUAAUCUGUACAAAAAGUUUUUUCUACAUGAUGUCUUAUACCUUCGAUGAGAUUGUGGCUUCUAGAGGGUAUCUCGAUUUCAUUCCCAAGAAUGAUAAUGAUUCCUCCCUGGCUGAGCUGCAGAUAGCUUAUGAUAUCUUCUUCCGGGUUUUGGACACUCCAGAAUUCCGUGUGACCACCGAAAAGCGUGAGAUCGACCAACAGAUUAUCGUGAGGCUAUUGGAAAAACUGAACUCAAAGGAUCCUCAAGUGCGGGAAUUUCUACAUUCGGUUUUGCGGCGCAUCUACGUAAAGUUUGUGGGGUUGCGGAGUUUUAUACGAAAGGAGAUGAACAACAAAUUCUAUCGAUUCCUUUACGAAACGGAGUUCAUGGAUGGAAUCGGUGAACUCUUGGAUAUUGUCGUCGAAAUCAUCCGUGGACUUAGAUUGCCUUUAAAGCCCGAAUUCAAGCUAUUUCUGGAAAAAAUCAUAAUACCGAUGCACAAGGUCAAAGAACUGCCCCUUUACCACACUCAGUUGCGUCUUUGCAUUACGGAAUACCUCGAUAAGUAUCCACUCCUAACCGAAACAGUGGUUUUAGGCCUUCUGAAGUUCUGGCCCAAGACAUCCACCGAAAAGGAGGCUCUGUUCCUGGACGAGAUCGAAGAUAUUCUAGCAAAGACUGUUCAGGAGGAGUUUAAGAAGAUCCAGGUGCCGUUGUUCCGCCAGAUUGCCAAAUGCGUUUCGAGUACAAGUUUUCCGAUUGCCGAGCGAGCACUUUAUCUGUGGGGCAACUCGAAGAUAACUGUGCUUAUAGUGAGUAACCAUGAGGUCAUCAUGCCCAUCAUGUUACCCACCCUGUUCCGCGUCACCAAGGAUCACUGGAAUCGGGACGUCGUGGCCAUCGUCUUCACCGUAUUGAAGAUGUUCCUCAGAAUUAACAAGAGGCUGUUUAACACUCUGUCCUUUGAAUACAAAGCGGAGAAGGCAAAGGAGAAAAAACUCAAGCGCGAACACGAGGAGCGUUGGAAUAAAAAAGAAAAACUGCCAUCAAAGCGUUUCCGAAGUAUUUCCGAAGGUGGAAAACCAAAUUCUUUAAAGGCUAACAUUGCAAGUCAAAUAAAAUAAUGAAUGCCUAUACGUUAAUAAAAAUUGGAAAACAAAACGGAAAAA